GCUUUCGACAAAGAGGUGAUCACUCAGACUACCGUGGCCAGUGUUGCCACCUUAGUGCCAGUGGAUGAUCCUGAGGCCGUUGUGCGUUGUCCGACUGCGGACUGCAUGGAGGAAGGCGGGCGGCUGCACACCUUCACUAACCUGACCCUGGAGCCCUGCACAAAUUUUUACGAGUUCGCAUGCAGUGGCUGGGUCCGCAGUCACCCGUAUCCAUCAAACAGGAAGAAAGUUUCUGUGGAUGAUCUUGUUGUGCAGCUUGCCGAACAGAAAACUAUGGAAUUCAUCUAUGAAAAUGUUUUGGACCACGCCACGUACACCGACCCUCUUCUUCACAACGUUGUCAGGAUGUUUCAAGGCUGCAGCGAUAAAAGUUUUCUUCUGAGGAAUCCAGCCAUGGCACUGCAAGCAGCUUUGGAUGAUGUUCGUCUUACGGACUGGCCUUACGACGAAGAACCGAUGGACGUGGAAGUUCCCGAAGUGAUUGCGUUUGCUACCCGCAAGCUGGCCGUGAGCCCGUUUUUCGCUCCAUCUCUCGAAGUCGACUCUACCACUGGGUCGGGAUGGGUGUUUGUGGUACGUUUCAGUUGGCAGUAUACGACACGCAGUCGCGGAUACUUUGACAGUAAGCGAGCCUUGAACGGUUACCAACUAGUGUUUGUCCGUGCUUUUUCUCCGUUAGUUUCGAGAGCCCCGGGCGGUGAUUCCGGAAGACGCUUACCUCGCAGGCGACGUCGUAUUGACAUACCAAAAGUUGGUGACGCAGGCUAUGUCGCUCGUGAACAGCGAUAAGAAUAUACAGGCGCUUGCCGAACCUGUCCUGUACGUUGAUCAGGAAGUGCACAAGAUGGUGGAAAAGAAUCGGCAGCUUACCGACUACACCAGAGAGCACUACCGCAAGUCUCUUCAGCAUCUCGACAAACGGAGAGAGUUCGACGUUGGAUCUUUUCUAAGCACUUUGGUGGACGGAAUUGCGGUCUUGGAUACCGAAGUUGAGUUUGUCAUCCCUACCACGACGUUCUUGGAAGACGUGCAGAAUAUAACGGUAGCGUUCGAGAAGAACGUCCUGCUGAACUACAUCGGCUUCCGUGCGGUGCUGGCCCUGUCGGCCCUGCUGCCGCACAACGACGGGCGAGACCUGGCGCACCUGCAGUUCGCUCGCGAGAUACCGACGCGCACGCCAGCCAAGCGGUGGCGCUUCUGUCUGCGCCUGCUCGAGGGCAUCUACAAGCUGCCGCUUCUCCAACUGCAGGUGGAAUCGUUCGAGAAGAAGGACAACUUCCACACGAUCAACAGGACCAUGGAGCUCCUCAAGAAACACCUCUUCCGAACUGUGCGUAACUCGAGCCGCUUCGGACCGAGCACCAGGCAAAUGAUCAUCGCCAAGUUACGUGACUUGAAGGUGCAGUCCUUUAGCAGCCACCUUAUCGGCAACGUAGAAGUUCGCGAGAGGCACUACCACGGGGUGCCGGACGUCGACCCGUCGAAUGUCCUCACCGACUAUGUUCAAACUUUAAACAUUGUCCUCAAGAACUACUGGAGCUACUACGGAAGUAUCGGUACCCAGUUUAGGUGGCAUGGCUCGAUCUUCGACACGGUAGCUACUUACAACCACUUCGAAAAUACGCUGUACAUACCUCCGUCAUUGUUUAUGGAAGACGUCAAGUAUAACACCUAUCAUUCGCCACUCUACUUCCCUCGGAGCGGCCGGCGCAUCAUGGAAGGCUUGUACAGUAUGCUGGAAAGAGAAGCUUCCUUUUUCGGGCAGCAUAACGAGGUGGUCAAGGCUUCGAGCUGGGAUUACAUCACUACCGACGGCUACCUGUCUCUGCGCGGUUGCCUCAAGGAGCAAUUCCGGAAGGCUGCCAUGCCGCACUUGGUGCCUGGCCCGACGAGCGCUCUGCACCCUUCUCGGCCACUGCGUCAGGACAUCAAGGAUAACGCCAUAAUCAAUGUCGUCAUUGAGGCCUUUAAGGAAACCAUGCUGGACUUUGGUUACAAGCCCGGAGUGUUUGUACUUCCUGGUUUUGCUCAAACAUCGAUGGAGCAACUUUUUUUUCUCCUCUACGGCACGAGUCAGUGCGAGGUAACUUCCCAAGAAGCUGCGCUGUCUGAUGAAAUCAUUAGGGCAUCCCAUCCUCGACGUUAUCGGGUUAAUCACGCUUUGCAGAACAACAUGAUCUUCUCUCGCGCCUUCAUGUGUGCCAACAACACUGAAAUGAACCCGAAGAGGAAGUGUAAAGUGUGGUAAAUCGCGACGCAUAGACACGCUUGGAGGACGCUCAUUUUCCCUUCAUUUGCUGGAAGUUUGUGCUUUGAAGACCGUGAACAGUCGACUGCAGACAUGGCGACAGAAGCGACCAUGUUGAUAGAGUUGAACAUUUUCUUUCUCUAACUUGAUGUCUUUUUUUUUCUUUGGCGCCGAAGAAACUGCUUUUCUUGUGAUGUACUGUGUUGUAUUUAGUGAUGCUAAAAAGAUAGUAAAGUGCUCUGUU